AUGUCACGCAAUAGACGUAGUUAUGACAGUGUAGCCGUGCAAUAUGGAUUUAUUUUCAUGGGUCUUCUAGUGCAAUUCAUUUAUGCCGAACCAUCGCAACGAAUCAGUCGACAAGUGCCCCGAGGCUAUCAACCACCCCCACAACCAAUUCAAGCCAAUGCGGCAAAUUUCCAAUACCUCAACAGCCCACAAAUGAUGAAUCAAUAUUUAAAUCAUCCACAACCUACAAAUAAUCAAGGAUCUCCACAUUUUCACCCUCCAGCCCCACAGCCGGAAUUCAUUUUUUCGGACAGCAAGAAUUUUUGGAAAAUUGCCCAACCACCAAGUGCUGCUCCUGUUGGGUGGCAAGGACAAAAUAGUCAGCAAUUCGGCCGACCUCAAGGACCUACCGGCCAAAUGAAUGUGCAACCACAGGGAACCUGGUCGAAACGCCCUCCCCCAGACAAUCCAACUCAGAAACACCGCCGCAGUAUUUUUAUCCAUUUGGCCCUCAAUAAACGUGACUCGAUCGAGGCUGUACAGAAUUAUCAGAGAAAGUACGGCCCAACACUGCGUCAUUUCUUGCAUAAGAAUGUUCGCCGAGACACGAUUUUAGCAUUACAUCCAAAGAGGAAAAGACAACGCCCAACCCCAAGCCCAUUGCCGGAUCCGGUUGUACAAGUCGACGCGGCACUUUUGAACAAAGAUGGCUUCAAGAAUACACCCCCGAAAGAAGAUUUCAGUCUAGAAAAAGCCAUGGAAGAUGAAAUCGACAAGGCUUUGCCCAAGGUUUUGCAAAAUGUGGAUACUCGUCGUUUGUCUAAUAGCAAUGAUGAAGCACUGCGAAAGGAAUUAGAAGACGCAUUAAUUGAUGAGAUCAGCAAGCAUCUGAACAGGGAAUCGAUAGAAACCGGCCCCAGCGGCGUCCCAGAGAGUGAACUUGUCAAGGCCAUUGCCGGGGCUGAA